UUUCCCAUUUAUCCUCCAUUUCCCCUUUCAACCCACACCCACCAAAUCCCACAAUUUUCUCUCUCAACCGCUCCUCUUUUCUUCUCCUUUUUUUUUAAAUUAAUAUAAUCUAUUUUUCUGAGCUCUUAAUUUUUGCUUGACUGAUUUAGCAAUUAAAAGGAAUGAUUUGUUUGAUCAGAGGCUUCAUCGGUAUGAACAUUUGAUUUAUUUGGCAACCGCGAAUAUGUGUUACUUGUCUUGCUGGUUUGGAGGUCAGGAGAUCUUUGCCACUUGCAAUUUUCGGAUAUGUAAUAUAUGCGCCUUCAGUAUUUCUUCACCUUUUGUUAAGAAAGUCAUGUCUGAAAAAAUGUUUGAAUUCCGGAUGCCUUUGGUGGAUACAUGAUAUUCCCUUCAACGGCACUUGUUGUCUCCCCCAUUGUAGCAAGAGCUUAAGAAGCUUGUUUGUUGUAUUGAUUUUCAUAGAAGCAAACACUUGUAUGGCUUGUAGGACGAAAAUGCCGGUACUAGAAGGACUUCAGUGAACAUCUGUAGGCAGAUAAGGACUAUAAACAACAAAACUACCUUUCUUUGGUUGAGUAGAUAUUAACGUUUCUUGAAAAUUUGUCAUGGACCUGCCUCAAAUUCCUGUGUACACAACGCCUAGAGGAGUUUAGCAAACUCUAUAGGCAGCGAAGACUUUGAAACAUUGAAGUUAAUUAGAUAUUGGCGAUUUAUUGAAGACUUAGAAACAUUGAAGUUAAUUAGAUAUUGGUGAUUUAUUGAAAAAUUGUGAUGGGUCUGCCUCAUGUUCCUGUGGGCACAACUUCUGAGGAAGCCGCUGAAGCGGUAUUGGGCGCCUUUUUGCAAAGCCCGCCUCGAAUUACAGAUGAGAGCAGCUCUGAUUUGGAUGGUAUGCGUCAUGGAAGCUCUAGCCGAACGGGUGGAAGUUCCAUAUGCUCUUCUUUGGGAGAUUUCCCUGACGAGUCGUCUAAGUUUAGAAUUAGAGGAGACUUAGAAGUUAGUACCAAUGUUCGUUGUUUGAGGCUUGGUUCAGUUGAUAAUGCUGGUCAUUUCACUUCCAAGAAUGGAAGAAAUGUUCAUACUCCUGCUUCUAGAAUUGUGGGUUUCAAUUCAAACAAAACUGCCUCCAGUAGUGAUGGUUUUAAAAGUGUUCCGGCUGCCCCCCCUAUUACCGUCACGGCUGAAGAAACCAUGUCCAGUGGGACAUUAGUCAGGAAGCGGUUGUUAUCACCCCUGAAUACAAUGCUUUUUCCAGACCAACAUUUUGAGGGUCAUCCUCUAGACAUUGGUUGCAGAAAUAUUCAACCCGAUUCCUCUGCUGGGGCUAUCAAGUUUAGUGCUUCUGUGGUGCAAGAUCACAAGAAAGCAAAUAUUGGAAGCAAAGACCAUUCUGCCAUCCCAACUUGGUCUUUUUCCAGUUGCUUGGAACAAAAGAGCAUGUCACAUGUUGAUAACUUUAUGGAAUCUGUUCUUUUCGCCAAUGGCCCUCUUCUAGAAAAUGAGAAAUCACCAUCUCGUAAUAGUUGUUUAUCUUCACCCGCAUUAUAUGAGUUCAGAGGAUCUAGGAAUAUAAAGCUCCAUUGUGGGGAAAUAUCCACGCCAUCACAAAAAGGGUUCUCAUCUCCCCUUUCUUUGUCACCUCUUGGUCCAAAGCUUUCUGAAAGACUAAAAACUGCAGGAGGAUUCAAGAAUACCAAGAGCGAGUUUUGUGAUUGUCAUUCAAUGUUAAGCAAUGUAGAACAGACACUUGACUUAUCUGAACGAGGGAUGAUCUUUGGCCAUGAAGAAGAUGAGUUUAAGAUUUCAAGCAAAUCAUUUGAAGAAGAAGAUUUCUUUUACAAGGAGUUCCAUCCAUCUUCUGUAGGAUACAAUGCUGACGCAGGUGUGUCUAUGUCCGGGGGAUCUGCUCCUACUUCUCAAUGCAUGAGAUUUCUUAGAAGUUUGAGUGGACUUCCCGUUAGGAGGUCCUUGGUUGGUUCAUUUGAGGAAUCUCUGUUAUCCGGGCGGUUCUUAUCCGGGAAACCGAGUCAGAGCAUUGAUGGUUUCCUGGCUGUGUUGAGCAUUACCGGAGGGAACUUCUCACCACAAUCCCAAAAGCUUCCUUUCUCAGUGACUAGUGUAGAUGGAGAUUGUUAUUUAUUGUAUUAUGCAUCUAUUGAUCUUGCAAGAAAUUCGUCAUUAAACAAAGGCAGAGGCCAAAAAAUGAAACGAGGUCUUAGCAAUGAUGAUUCACAAACUGUCAGGAGUCGCCUGCGCAUACCUAUGAAGGGCCGUAUACAGCUGGUUCUCAGCAAUCCGGAAAAGACACCACUCCACACUUUCCUUUGCAGCUACGAUUUAAGUGACAUGCCGGCUAGUACAAAAACUUUCUUGCGCCAGAAGGUAAGCCUAGCUUCAUCAAAUCCAUCUCCCACACAGUUGAAACAAGUGAAGAUAGAUAUGGACUCAAAGGUCAAAGACGAGGAGACCAGCGAGGAGGUAAAGGCAAAGAGUAUUACAGAUGAAAGUGACAUUGUCCAUAUACCAAGCUCCCUAGAGAAAGGAACCAAAAUUACUAGUAGAGGCUCUAGUAUAGACAAUAACAUUAAUGGUGGGGAAUGUAAGGACCAAAACUUGGUGGAUACAUGGGAAGGAACUGAAAAGAAAUCCGUAGUACAUGGGAGUUCAAGGGUUAAUGAGAACAGUAAUAAUGGUGGCGGCAGCGGUGCUCUUCGUUAUGCGCUUCAUCUGCGCUUCAUAUGCCCAUUCCCUAAAAGUUCAAGGUCGUCACAGAAAUGCAAAUCUGACUCACUUGCUAAACCGCAGAGAAAAGGCCUAGACUUGGAUGGGGAAAGAAGAUUCUACCUGUACAAUGACUUGAGAGUUGUGUUUCCUCAACGCCACUCUGACGAUGAUGAGGGCAAGUUGAACAUGGAGUAUCAUUACCCAGAAGAUCCGAGAUACUUUGACAUAAACUGAAAUGUCUCCAUUAUACUCCACCAAACCUUCCCUUUUUUACUUGACUGUACAUAAAUUCACGUUCAUAAAUUUUUAUUUUUCCUUUAAUCAUCUAUUCCGAAAUGGCACUAACCCAUGUAAAUAUACUAAAUAGAUCAAACAUACAAGUGUUACUUUGAUCUUUAAUUGUCUGGCCUUAGUUG